AUGCACACGGGUGCAUUGAUUGGAGGCCUUCCGUACUAUAGUGUCGCAUCUGCACAAUCAAUGUGGAAAGGCUGCUGCUGGUGUGGUGGUUCAGGUGGUGGAAGAGGAACCAUGGGUUUGGGCUGCUUCAGCUGUGCCAAAGGCCGGUUCCUCAGGUCUGGUUAUGGACUGGACUCUACAGAUCAGGCAUACAGGUCUGGCUUUGCCUCUGGGGAGAUCAUUAUUGUGGUUGCAGAUCUUUGCCCUCAUCAAGGUAAUGAAAAGUGGUGCCCUCAAUGGGCUGGGCAACGCAAUCAAUAUGGUGCCCAUAAUCACUUGGAUUUCUCUCACCCACCACCAGGCAUCGACAACAACAAUUUUGUCUUUACUCCUAUCCGAUGCCCUCGUGACCUGCGCCACAGAUACCACCAGAUGUCAAAGUGUCAUCGAUGA